AUGUCGUCCCCGCUACAUAAAGUAGCCAUCGUUGGCGCUUCCGGUCGGAUCGGCGCCUUCAUCUUCAAAGCUUUGCAUGACAGCAAGAAGUUCGAUAUCACCGUCAUCAACAGAUUCGGCUCCAAGCCAGCCGAAUAUCCUGCCACGACAAAAGUUGUUCAAGUACACGAUGAGUAUCCACCACCCGAGAUGGUACAGGUCUUUCGUGGCCAUGAUGCUGUGGUACUGGCUUUGGGCUUCGCAGCAGAGGAGCAUCUCCCCGAGCUAGCUCGUGCUUCUGUGGAGGCCGGUGUGAAGAGAUUGAUCGCGUCGGGCUACGGCGCUGACACGACUAACCAAGACACUGUAAGAGUAUUUCCUGUCGCAGCAGCGAAAGCUCGUAUGGUUGAGCACCUCAAGUCUCUCGAGCAGCCGGGCUGGUCUUGGACUGAAGUUGCUUGCGGAGUUAUCCUAGAUUUUUCCAUUCAAGUCGGCUUUUUUGGUAUCGAUCCUGGGGCCAAGACAGCUCAGAUCCUAGAUGACGGGAAUGCCAAGUUUACCGCUACUACACGUGAUGGUGUCGGUCAAGCUGUCGUCGGCAUUCUCAACCACCCUGAAGAAACAGCGAAUCGUAUUGUCUAUAUCUCAUCGUCAGAGCUGUCUUUGAAUGAUCUCCUUGAGGCCGAGCAAAAGCUCGUUGGUAAGGAAGGAUGGGAGGUCACCUAUGUUAAGACGGAUGAAGAGAUCGCCAAGGCACAGAAGAUCGUUGCAACAGCCACUGAGAUGAUGCCGAGACUGAUGGCUAUCGGAAGACUGGGUCUUGCAGUUAUUGUCCAGGAAAGAUUUCAAGCGAAUUUUGAGACAAGAGGCAUCCUUGAUAAUGACUCGUUGGGAGUACCGCAGGAGAGUAUCGAAGAGGUUGUUGCGCGAGUCAGGAACGGGCGCUAG